AUGGCCUCCCUGAGUAGGUUCAUCUCUAGACUAUCCAACAAGUCGCACGCCUUCUUCGAAACCUUGAAGGACCCCAAGGACUUCCAAUGGACCGAUAAGUGUGAGCAAGCUCUAUCCGAUCUCAAGGCCUAUCUCACUACUCCACCUCUCCUCUCAAAGCCCUUAGAAGGGGAAGUCCUAUUGCUCUAUCUGGCAAUAUCAGAGCAUGCAGUCAGCGCGGUCCUGGUUAGGGAAGAAGGAAGGAAACACCAUCAUAUCUACUACAUGAGCAAAUCAUUGCUAGAUGCGGAGACCCGCUAUAGUCACCUUGAGAAGCUGGCCCUCGCCUUAGUUUACGCGGCUCCAAAUCUACGCCCCUACUUCCAGGCUCAUCAAAUCUUGGUGGUCACCUCCUUCCCCAUCAAAGCAGUCCUUCACAAGCCGGAAGUUUCUGGACGACUAGCAAAAUGGGCCAUAGAGCUGGGAGCGUACGAUGUGAUCUUCCGACCUGCAACGGCUAUCAUAUCGCAAGUCCUGGCAGAUUUCGUAGCCGAAUUCUCUCCUGCCAUGCUUCCAGCCCUGGAACAAGAGGUAAAUCUUCGUGAUAGAGAAGGGGAGAAAGGCGAAUGGACAUUGUACGUUGAUGGGUCUAGUAACAUCCCUAAGGAGCACAAUUCCCAAGCCGACGCUCUAGCUAAUCUAGGGUCCGCCCUAGAAACCACGAGUCAUAUGAGCAUCCCACUGCUAGUACUUCAAUGGCCCGCGACGGAGAAGGAGGUGGAGCCUGAGGAAGUAUCUGUAGUAGAUGAAGGAGAGACCUGGAUGACUCCCAUAAUUAGCUACCUGAGGUACGAGACCUUGCCUGCAGAUCAAGACGAAAGUCGGAAGAUAAGGAGGCAAGCCGCCAGGUUCUUUUCCGAAGGGAAACUAUACCGAAGAUCCUUUUCGGGACCUUAUCUGCGAUGUCUUACCCCUAGAGAAGCCGCCAGGAUACUCAGUGGUCGAAGCUUGAAGCACGCGCCAGUCUCCAAUCUUCCACCGGAGAACCUCAAAUCUCCAAGCUCUCCUUGGCUCUUCCGAAAGUGGGGCAUGGACAUCAUGGGGAAAUUUCCCAUGGCACCGGGGCAAAAGAUCUUCCUCCUAGUCGUGACCGAUUACUUCACAAAGUGGGUGAAAGCUGAAGCACUAGCCAAGAUAACGGAUCUCCAGAUCAGGAAAUUCCUAUGGACCAACGUGAUCACACGCAUCGGAACCCCUCAUGAGAUCGUCACAGACAACGGACCCCAGUUCACGAGCUACAACUUCUGA